AUUUGCUCAGCCGGGGGCUCGUGUGCGAUUUGUAGUCCGGAAAAAAUCAAAUUUAUAACAAAAAAUGACCAUCUCAGAUGUUAAAACCGCCCAAGGUCUCAGUGAUCUGAACAAAUAUUUGGCUGAUAAGAGUUACGUGUCUGGAUACACUCCUUCUCAAGCCGAUGUGCAAGUGUUCGAACAAGUAGGCAAAGCGCCGGCUGCUAGCCUGCCGCAUGUGAUGCGCUGGUACAACCAAAUCGCGUCAUACACCCCCGCAGAGCGCAAAGUCUGGCCUGCGGGCACAAAUCCUCUCACAGCUGGUGGAAAGCCAACGACCCCCGCCCCAGUCAAAAAGGAAGAAGACGACGACGAUGUCGAUCUCUUUGGAUCCGGUGAUGAGGAAGAGGAUGCAGAAAAAGAAAGGAUCAGAGAAGAACGUCUUAAGGCUUAUGCAGAUAAAAAGUCUAAGAAACCAGCCCUCAUUGCCAAGUCAUCCAUUAUCCUAGAUGUCAAACCUUGGGAUGAUGAAACAGAUAUGAAAGAAAUGGAAAAGCAUGUCAGAUCCAUUGAAAUGGAUGGUCUUCUCUGGGGAGCAUCAAAACUUGUUCCAGUCGGUUAUGGUAUCAAUAAAUUGCAGAUCAUGUGUGUCAUUGAGGAUGACAAAGUAUCUGUAGAUCUCCUGACAGAAAAGAUCCAGGAAUUUGAAGACUUCAUCCAAUCUGUAGACAUUGCUGCUUUCAACAAAAUCUAAGUGAAGCAUUUUUUAUUUAUUAAGUCAAACAUUCAAUAAAAUCAUAUUUUUAACAAU